AUCAGCUGUGUCCAAUCACAGCCGAUCACAUGGGACAUGUACACUGAUCAUCAGUGUGCCCUGAUGAUCAGUGUAGCCCCAGCAGCGCCACCUGUCAGUGUCCAUCAGUGCCUUGUGUCAGUGCUCAUCAGUGCUUCGUGCCAGUGCCCAUCAGUGCCACAUCAAUGCCACAUAUCAGUGCCUACCAAUGCACAUCAAUGCCACAUAUCAGUGCCCAUCUGAGCUGCCUUUCAGUGUCACCCAUCAGUGCCAGUCAGUGCCACCUAUCAAUGCCAAUCAGUGCCACCUGUCAGUGCUGCCAAUCAGUGC